AUGACGAGUGAGUACAUGAGUAAGCGACCUACACAAAUAGGCUUUGACUUUGAUGGAGAAAGGGAAUCGCCAGCUCCAAAUGUAUCAGCCACUGCAAAAUCAACAACAACUCCAGUUAGAAGAAUAUUAGAAAAAGAUUUAGGAGGAGAAAAACCUAAGAAAGCAAGAAAGGGAUGGCUAAUAUGGGCCAUUUUCUACGGCUUCUUUCUCGGCUCAUUCAUAUCAAUUGUUACUUUCGGAUUACUUUUGUAUUUUAGCCGUCGUACUUUUUACCAGGACUGGUAUCGUGGAAUGUACAAAAGAUAUGGUGUCGAUGCAUCUGGGGUUACUGGAGGAGUUACGGGAAGCGCAUUUGGAGCCACAACAACAGGAGCUACGGUCGGUGGAUACACUACAGGCGGUACAACUAUGGGGACAACGGGUGCAACGGAAACCUCUACUACUGGUGGUACGACAGGUGGAACAACUGAAGGAGGAACCAGUGGCACUACCGGAGGCGAAACCACUGGCACCACCGGAGGCGACACCAGUGGCAUUAGCGGCACUACCGGUGGAACAACUGGAGGAGAAGGAGAAACCAGUGGGACAACAGGAGGAGAAACUGGUGGAACAACUGGAGGAGGAGAAACUGGUGGCACUACUAGCACUACUGGUGCCAGUUCGGUUGCUAUUUAA